AUGUGGCGCGCUGGCUGCUGGGGGCAUAGGUGCAGCUGGCGGGGCAGCGGUGAUGCCACCGAGCGCAAUUCCGCCUGUCAAACUGGUCGGGCGCCGGGGCAGGAGAAGAUCGCCAAGUGCGACGAGGACAUCAAGCGGUACAUGCAGGGGCGGCCCCCGCAGAAGUCGCUCGCGGUGCAAACUCUGAAGAGGAAGAAGAUGUACAUGCAGCAGCGGGAUCAGCUGCUAGGGACGCAGUUCAACGUGGAGUGCCUCGCGGGGGCGCAGGAGCAGGCAGAGCUCACCGUGAUGAACGUGGAGGCCAUGAGAGCUGGCCAGGCAGAUCUGAAGGAGCGGUACGCCCAGCUCGGCGGCGUCGGGAACAUCGAGAAGCUGAUGGAUCAGAUGGCGGGCGCGGCGGUGCGCCAGGACAUUAACGAGGCGAUGUCGACCAGCUACGCCGUCCCCGACGGCUUCGACGAGGCCUCGCUCGAGGAGGAGUUCGGCGCCCUCGAGGAGGAGAUGAAGAUGGAGCAACUUGCUGGACUGAGCAAGCCGUCCUACCUGGCUCCGGCUGCCGCCGCCGCCCCUGCGCCGAUGCCCGCCGCAGCGGACCCCGAGCCGAUUCCAGCAUCUGCGCCGUCAGCGUGA